AUGGGGACCUUCGCCAUCUUCAUUUUCGCCCACCUGUUCCUGGAGUAUGGAUAUUCGCUGUUGUACUGUCUGUCGGGGACCAGUACGCAGCGCAUAUGGCUACAUCGGUUCGACAUGAUUCGACUCAGUCUAUGCUGUGCGACUAUCGCCACCGCCCUAGUGGCAGUCUGCAUCUGGGCACAUUGGCGUCGCACAAUCCUGGUGGUCACGGCCACUUCGUGCUCAAUCUGCAGUCUGCCAUUCUCCCAAUGGAUAUCAUUCUGCAGUAACCUGGGCCGGCCGACCGAGUUCGUGUGCGAGACUGCCGCAAGGCUGGAGAGCGCAAACACCUCACCGAAAUCCAACGCUGGAUGGAAUCAUCAGCGCCAUCUUUCCAAUUCCAACUCGGCCCAACAGCUCCGCACGGCUACAUCAUUCACCCACACCAUUUCCCCAGAGCGACUUCGGCCUGCCAGAUCGUUUGGUGAACCUACAAUUCCCGGUGCAUUGCAAGCCCCAAAGAUGUCGAGAGAGAUCCGAGCCUCCCCAGGAUUUAUGCCAAUGACGGCGCUGCCACAGAUGAACCGCACCUUGCGACCCUUUGACGCUGUCCCUCCCGCGCCAAGGAAACAGAAACAGCCAGUAUACUGCAACGACGUGGUAUAUCCAGAGCAUCAGCAGCCUCAUGGCCCAGAACGGUGGUUGUGA